GUUUUUAGUAUCUUUCUAUUAUAAAGACAAUGUUUCAAGUCUUAAUGUUAUCCAGGAGAGCAAAUUUAGGAAUCGUUGCAAUUAUCGACCUCAUUUCAAUUUAUAAAUCCCAUCCGGUGGCUUGCUAACCACUUCCUGUGGCAUGCAGUUUCAUAACAUAAUCGAAAAUCAUUUAUUUCGCACAUCCAAAAAUUAAUAGGGGGGAUCCAGCCUGACGUAAGUAAAGUCAGCAGAAAGUUAUUUUAAUUUUAAUGUUUUAGUAGGUUCAAGCAACAAAUUAAAAAAUGCCCAAUAUCAUUAAUGAAAUUAAAUUAGAUUUCAAAGAUGUUCUACUUCGACCUAAGCGAUCUACGAUAAAAAGCAGAAACGAUGUAAAUCUGUAUAGGAAUAUUACAUUUAGGAAUUCUAAGCAAACCUAUAAUGGCAUACCUGUCAUGGCUUCCAAUAUGGACACGGUGGGGACUUUCAAUGUGGCAAAAGCACUAUCUAAGAACGGCUUAUUUACAUGCAUACACAAGUACUACACCGUAGAUGAAUGGCGAAAUUUCGCUUCAGAAAAUCCAGAUUGUCUACAAAACAUCGCCGCUAGUUCUGGAAUGUCAGAAGCCGAUUUUGUGAAGUUAUCUGAAAUCCUGAAUGCCAUUCCAGGAGUGACAUUUAUCUGCUUGGACGUCGCAAACGGAUAUUCCCAACAUUUUGUCGAUUACGUCAGGAAAGUCAGAGCUGCUUACCCUACGCACACAAUAAUCGCUGGUAAUGUAGUAACGGGAGAAAUGGUGGAGGAAUUAAUUUUAUCAGGAGCUGAUGUGAUAAAAGUGGGUAUAGGUCCGGGAUCCGUAUGUACUACUCGCAUGAAAACUGGUGUAGGUUAUCCGCAGCUGUCAGCUGUCAUUGAAUGCGCAGACGCCGCUCAUGGAUUGCAAGGUCACAUCAUUUCUGAUGGCGGUUGUACGUGUCCUGGUGACGUGGCCAAAGCCUUUGGAGCCGGUGCUGAUUUCGUAAUGGCGGGCGGCAUGUUCGCUGGUCACGAUGAAUGCGAUGGAGAGACCAUAGAAAAGAAUGGAAAAAAAUUCAAACUAUUUUACGGAAUGUCUUCGUCUACGGCCAUGCAAAAACAUGCAGGUGGCGUUGCCGAAUACAGAGCAUCCGAAGGUAAGACGGUCGAGGUGCCCUACAGGGGCGAAGUCCAAAAUACGGUCCAGGACAUUUUGGGCGGCCUCCGCAGCGCCUGCACUUAUACCGGCGCGCAAAAAUUGAAAGAAUUACCGCGCAGAGCCACCUUCGUUCGCUGCACGCAACAAUUGAAUACUAUUUAUAGUUAACUUUCUUGCCAGCACUCUAUUUCGAAUUAGAAUUCACGUUUAAAAAAUGUUGGUAGUCAUGGAGAUGGAGAAAUUUUAUUGUCAAUUUGUGGGCAUUUUUCUACAUCGUUGUUUUU